AUGCAGCCAGAGGUAGAACUUCAACAGUCUCAGUUUCAGAUGUUUUCACCAAAUGAAGAAGAUAUGUGGAGUGAUGAGUAUGACGAGGAAUCACCGCUACGCGCACGACCUAACGACAGAGGGAAAUCCCCACUAACCGGAACUGAUGUUCAUGAAGAUGAACAAGGAACUCCACGCUACUUUGUAACUCAGACCCCACAAGGAACCAAAUAUUGGACUCCUAUUGUUGACAAGGAGUUCCAUCCCGUUCUUCGAAAGUCAUACGACACAUUUGAGGAGCUUAUUGCAAUGUAUAAGGCAUACGGAUACCAAGCUGGCUUCGAUGUAAAAAAGGCGCAAACAAAGGUUUGGAAUGGGUAUGCGACGCACAAAUACUUGAGGUGCUCGAAAGCUUCUAAACCGCAAAAGAAAAGGACGUUCGACACUCUCUGUGAGUCUUCGGUGAUGACCAACAGGAAAAGUACAUUCACACACACUGAUUGCAAGGCGCAGAUUCUUGUCCUCAUCAUGCAAAACCCUACUCGUUUUGUUGUACACAACUGGAUUGAUGUGCAUAAUCACCCCCUUAUUGACCCAUUCAACCGAGACCUUUCAAAAAUAUCAAGAAAACUCCCAUUUGCAACGCAACAAUUUAUUCACCGAAUGAGCCUCAAUCAUAUUGGUCCGGUCAAGUCCCACAGGUGCCUUGUAAGUAUUAAAGGUGGUCAUCACAACGUGCAUGGUACUCCCGAAGACUUUAAAAACUUUAGCCAGAAGUUGAGGAUUUUUAUAGGUAACCGAGAUGCUCAACUUUUUCUGGAUCGCCUUCGUGAUCGAAGGGAAAGUCUUCCAAACUUCUACUAUGACUUUGUUGUAUCUGAUGGGAAAUUGAAUGCUGUGUUUUGGGCUGAUGAGAUCUCCAAGCUAAACUACAAGGCUUUUGGGGAUGUGUUAGCAUUCGAUGCUACUUACCAGACAAACAAGUACAACAUGAUUUUUGUACCAUUCACUGGCGUAGACAACCACAUGCAUUGUGUGACCUUUGGUGCUGGGUUGCUUUUAAAUGAGACUGUUGAAUCUUAUAAAUGGGUACUCCAAGCAUUCCUGAAAGCACAUGGAACUGAACCCCGGUUGAUCUUAAGCGAUCAGGACCCGUCGAUGAAACAGGCUAUUCAACAAGUCUUUACUACAUCUCGUCACAGGCUUUGCAUGUGGCAUAUUAUGAAAAAGUUACCAACCAAGAUUGCGGGUGACCUGUUGCAAAACACUGAUGUGAGGGCUUGCAUUCAUCGACUGGUUUGGAAUGUUUACAUAAAGCCAUCUACCUUUGAAUCGCGAUGGGUAGCGUUGCUGGAAAAAUUUGGACUACAAGACCACCAAUGGCUCAAUGAGAUGUACGAAAUCAGUGAACGUUGGGAAAUCCUCAAGGGAAAGUUUUACUGCUACAUCUUAAACCAAGCGGCCAAAGACGGCACAAUGGUUUUUUCUGUCACACAUGAAGACAACGUUUUCACGGUCAAGUUUAAUAACGUUGAUAGGACAGCAGAUUGUUCAUGCCGUGGUUUCACUCGCAUGGGCUACCUAUGUCGCCACGUCUUUUGUGUGUAUCGCUUACAACAUGUUGAUACGAUCCCAGCCCAAUACAUAUCUGAUAGGUGGCGGCGUGAUAUAUUGCCAAAGAGAGUGUUUUCCGUCCAGAGUCGUUAUGGUGUAGACACGCAACCACAGGACGUUAUGCGAUCUGAGAUUAUUGACGUGGUCUCCGACUGUGUGGAUGUUGUUCGAAACGAUGUUGAUUCACUUUCAUCCUUGCUUGAACAGCUAAAACUCAUCAAAAUGAAUUUUUUAACAAAGGGAUCUAUCCAGAUGCCAGCCCAAGUGCCAAGUGAGGAUGUCUUAGAAGAACUGAUUGGGCAUCCAAGAGAGAACGAGGUUGUGGUGAAUAACCCUGAUGUGGCGCGUAAUAAAGGAUGUGGUAAACACCGUCGCAUUACUGGUAGCAGCAACCAGCCAGGUCCAAAACCCCCAAAGGCUGCUCGACUGUGCCGAACCUGCAUGAAGUACGUCACUUGCCAUGAUUCCCGUAAUUGCAAAAAAUUCACCGAUCCCGAUAGCAUCAAUCAGCCUCCCAACCCGAAUGACAUGGGGUCUUCAUCUGCCCUUUAG